AUGUCGAAUUUAACUCAAGAUGGUUUGAUUGAAAUCGAGUGUGAUUUGAGUUAUGAUAACUCGCUGGAAAUUAUCAAAUACAUUCUUCAAUUUGCCUAUAUGUUUUCGGGAAUUCUGAUACAUUUUGUGAUUUUGAGGACGAUUUUGUGGAAGUUUAGGGGGUUUUAUAGAACUAAUUCGUUUUUUAUGAUUUAUACGGUGGAUUCGAUGGCGGUGAGUGGAUUUUCGAGCGAAGCGAGUGUAGACCGGAAGCUUCCGCGCAGCGGCACUGUCUUCCGCGAAGCGGCCACGCCUAAGGUUGGGGGGGUGGUUAAGGUAGGGGGAAUCCGCAAGCUUCCGCGCAGCGGCACUAUCUACCGCGAAGCGGCCACGCCUAAGGUCUCAGCCCGAUAUCCAGGCUCAAGCCUAGGUCUAGUCUUAAUUCCCGAGCGCCCCUGGCGCGAGUGUAAACCGCAAGCUUCCGCGCAGCGGCACUGUCUACCGCAAGGCGGCCAUGCCUAAGAUCUGCCUGAGCUCCAGGGUCAAGCCUAGGUCUAGUCUUAAUUCCCGAGCGCCCCUGGCGCGAGUGUAAACCGCAAGCUUCCGCGCAGCGGCACUAUCUACCGCGAAGCGGCCACGCCUAAGGUCUUAGGCCGCAGCCCGAGCUCCAGGCUUAAGCCUAGGUCUAGUCUUAAUUUCCGAGCGCCCCUGGCGCGAGUGUAAACCGCAAGCUUCCGCGCAGCGGCAAGGCUGGACAUAUGCCUAAGAUCAGCCUGAGCCCCAGGAUCUGAAAAUUUAGGCUUAAAAUCCUGAGAAGUGACUAGACAACAAACUUCCCCUCAAAAAUUUCAGCUGUUUUCCAGAGUAUGCUAAUGUUGAUGUUGGAUUUAUUUUUCGGUCGAAUAAUAAUCUACAUUCCUCCACUUUGCCCAAUUCUCUCCCCAAUUUUCUUCAAUCCCUCAAUAUUUCUAAAAACCAUGUAUAUUCUUCCGAAUUAUCUUCGAGCUAUCAAAUCUGUCACUCAAAUUUUAAUGAGUAUAAAUCGUAUGACUUGUGUGAUAUCGCCAAUUGAAUAUGUCUCAAUUUGGCGGAAAUAUCUCAAAAUUUCACUAAUUAUAACACUCCUCAGCCCAUUUUUCGUUAUCUGGAAUCUGAUUUUAUCCAGAGUUUAUGUAACUCAAACCCGCGGGGGAUUUUCAUAUAAUUAUUUGAGAUAUGUUAAAUGGGCGAGUCUAUCACAAUUCCAUUUUGUAUUUUUAUCCCUGGCAAUUUUGGUGACAAUUAUUAGCACUGUUGUGACUAUGACCUAUUUAUUUAUGCUUCCAACACGCGUCAAAUCCGCUGAAAAAACUCUGUGCUUCUCGAAUUUCACGAUUUCCCUCGCUUUUAUGAUUGUUGCUGGGUUUCAGAGUUUGUUCGCGUUUUUUCCAGCCUAUUUUUAUGGGUCGGAUACACUUUAUACCCUACAAUUUUAUAGCUAUGAUUUUUUAAAUAUCAGCUCUCCAAUUGUUAUAAUUCUGAUAAAUCCCCAACUCCGCGAGCAUAUUUUCAAGGGGGAAAAGGCGAAUUCGAAUAUUUUCACAAGAGUUACAGUAACUCAUAAUAGUGUGGUUUGAUAAUUUCCUGCAAAUGUGGAACUUUUGCAAAAAAAAGCUGCAAUAAUAAAAAAAUUUUUGUGCUAAUCAAAUUAAAAACUUCACAUAAAAGCCGAUCUAGCUUCCAAAAAAUCAUCUUUGAAAAUGUUGUCCAAAAUCAUCUCAACCAUCUUGAUUCUCACCGCAAUUUUCGCAAUGAUUUCGGCUGACAACGAAAAAAAUUGUCUUCGUCAAAGUGAAUGCCCGCCGCAUACUAUUUGUAUAAUCGAUCAAGAACUGAAUUAUGGCGAGUGUUUGCCAUAUAUUGGAUAA